UAUAUAAAAAAAUAAUCCCCUUUUAUAUCGUGGUUUUAUUUGUUCAGUUCAGUGGUUUAAAAAUAAACUUCAUUUCUUUAACAACAUUUGCGAAAGAAGCUUUCAACUUAUAUUAAUCAUUCUUGUUGGCCCCUGGUCAGAAUAUAUUAUUUAAUCUGUACAGUGAUAUUGAUGAUAUUAUUGACGCCAACAAGAGAGAUGGAAACUAGAUUUUUUUCAUUUUAUACAUUUCACCAUGAAUACACAACGCGAAAAAAAGUACCCGGAAAUUCCAACAUCUAAGGAGGGUACAUAAUCCGAAACUUUUCAGUCGGGUAAUCGAGGCUGGCCUUCGUUAUUGUAAUUUGUGUAUACUAUUCAUUGCCUCAAAAUCCUUUGGUAUCAUGUUUUGAUAUAUAUUUACAUAUGAUUGUCGCCAGCCCGUUGUAAAUGUACUGGAUUUUUAAUGUAAUGAUGGCACUAUACCUGUAAGUGCCAGACCUGUUUUAUUACGUCACAAUCAGGUGUUUCGGCUGUUCUAUUUACUGGAUGUACUUCUCAUUGUAAAAUAUGAGGAUUACUGUUAGAUAUCACCAAUACCUAAUUGCUAUAAUAAUUAAGUUCGAUAUUAUUAUUAUUAAGUUUGCCUUCUGAUGGAUUUCCUUGGGCUUACCGCAAGGUUAGAUUAUAAGCUUGACAUAAUUAAUAAUGUAUGUAGCACGUAAAAUUACACUGUCCUGCAGUUUAAGUUAUUUUCAUACGCAAAAAUAAAUAAAUAGAUAAAAAGGGUAUGGCGCGUGAUUUACGCGCGUUGUUAAUCAACAAUGUAUAUUGACGUCACGAGUGUGCUACAAAGUCCAAAGUAAUACGUGUGAUGGACCGCAUGCAAACCACACAAAAUUAUUUGACGAACGUCACAACAGUAGGAGAACGCUACUUAUAUGAAGUAUAUGAAAAAAUGUUGGUCAAGAUAUUAAAGUUCAAUUCAGUGCAAAUCUGACCCAAAUUAUAACUAUACUUUUCACAAUCCAUUUUUAUUCCAGUAUACUAAGUUCAUUAGGUUUAAUUUGCUCAUGCAUGCUCAAGGAUAAUGACGUUCUGCAUGACAUGCUAAUAAAACCGAAAAGAACAACGAACACACAGUCGGAAUGUCUCUGUCGUACUACCGGAUGGAUAGAAACGAUGUCACGACACGAUAAUAUGACGAACUCAUCCUGUUCUCAUGGUACAUAUACAUAUAUAUACGUAAAAUUAUCAACGCAAGCUCAUCAGAAAAAUCUCAUAGUGAACGCCGAAUAUAUUGUCCAUCUAAGGUCAGCAACGUCACUGCAGGGUAGCCAUGUCUUCCAAAUCACCAAAGAUUACACUGUAUACAGAGAGGGAUUUCCAGGGAUGUAGUACGGAUAUCUACGACCCCAAAUAUACUUUAUGCUUUUCAGGAUUCAAUAACCGUGUGUCGUCCCUGGAGGUCCAUAGUGGAUUAUGGGUUUUGUACCAGCAUUGCUUUCUAGGAGGUAAGAUAUACGUGGUAUGGGAGGGACAGCGGAUCAACCUACCUUGUGAUGUGGAUGACACGAUCAGCUCACUCAAACCCAUCGAGUUUGAUUUUGCAGUAAAACCUUCUAGUACUAUAUAUGAGCACAAAUGUUUUGCUGGCCGCAAAGAAUGCUUCGAAGGGGUCAAUCGAAUUUCAGACCUAGGCAUGUUGUGUUUUAAUGACAAAGUGUCAUCAGUGGAAGUUCAUAGCGGAGGAUGGAUAGGCUAUGAACACACAAACUUCAAGGGGAAGCAGUAUCUGUUUUUGUCAGGUUGUCACAAUGGAUCCGCAUCAGAGGGUUGCUUUAGUCACGAUGCCAUCUCUUCCUGGGCUCCGAUCGUUUUGGCUCCCCAUCCAUCUGCUAAUUAGAAUUCCAGUCCCAUGAGUUUUAAUAGUUUUCAUUUUUUGAUUCCAAAUAAUCACCACUGUAACACAAAUGAA